UUUUUAUUAUCUUUGAUUCAAAGUUGGAUAUAACUAAAAAUAGCCAUAUGUUAUUACUUUAGAUAGAAAUUUAUAGUUGUAAAUUGAUGCAGUCAUUCAAUAAAUGAUUGAGAACUUGAAAUCCGGUACCUCCACAUAUUUAAAAGGAAUUUGUUUUAAGAAUUUUGCAUAAACAGCCAACAGAUAUUUUUAAAUUUAUGUGCUAUUCGCACAAUUAAAAUACAAGUCAUAAAUCGACUAUCAGCUAUGUAGUUUCGUAGUAAAUUAAUCGCAGCUAGUUCGGCUAGCUAUACCAUGUCGGCUCCUAAAUAUCAACAGCUGUCGGUCAAUUCUGAUCUAGAUGAAAGCAUAUUGGAAAGCAAACCUAAAGGAAAAUGGUCUGAUGUGUGUUUUCAAAAGGGGCUUCUGUCUCUGGGUUUGAUUUUAUUAUAUUUUUCUUUAUCAAUCGGCCUUACAUUUUAUCAGAGAUGGCUCUUAAAGGAUUUUCAUUUUCCCCUUACGGUUGUUAUGUAUCACUUAAUAGUAAAGUGGCUUUUAUCUGUGUGCGUCCGUUUUGUGGUGGGAAUUAUUACUGGUCAUUCCCAACUUAUUCUUCCAUUUAUCACCUGCCUUAUAUCAGUUGGCCCUACAGGCCUAGCAAGUGGGAUUGAUGUUGGAUUUUCUAAUUGGGCUCUGGAGCUAGUUACCAUAUCCCUAUAUACAAUGACAAAGUCAACAACCAUAAUAUUUAUUCUUGGAUUUGCUAUACUACUUGGUCUUGAAAAGAAGUCAUGGUCACUUGUUGGAAUCGUACUAACAAUUGCAAGUGGACUCAUCAUGUUUACAUACAAUGCAACACAAUUUAACUUGAUGGGUUUUGAUUUCUUGCUACUAGCGUCAUUUGCUGGGGGUUUACGAUGGACAUUUGCUCAGCUCCUUAUGCAGAAAUCUAAACUUGGCUUGCAUAACCCAGUAGAUAUGGUAUUUCAUGUUCAACCCUGGAUGUUCUUUUCUCUACUUCCAUUUAUGCUUGCUUUUGAAGGGUUUAAGUGUUUUGAUAAACUAAUUGCACUGGCACCCGGAGAAUUGUUCCCAACUGUACUUAAAGUCACAGUUGGAGCAACCAUAGCAUUUGCAAUGGAAAUUAGUGAAUUUCUUGUUGUAACAUACACAUCUAGUCUGACUCUAUCAAUUGCCGGUAUAUUUAAGGAAUUGUGUAUUCUAGUCUUAGCUGUAGAAGUAAGUGGCGAUCAACUAAGCCCCAUAAAUGUUGUUGGUUUGGUUGUCUGCUUGAUGGGUAUCAGUGGACAUAUAAUACACAAGGUUUUGGUAAUUAAAAGAGUGGCUGGUACAGUUCGCGUUUUAGAAGAUGAUGAUUUUAUAAAUAUCGGUAAGACUAGAGCCCCUAAAGCGAAAGAAAGAAGUGAACCAUUGUUAGAAAGUCAGAAAUGGCAAGAGGCUAGCGAUGAAAGUGAUAUAGACAGUAGUCUGGUCAUAUAUGAAAUUAUGCAGCGGCGAGAUGGUAGUUAAAAGGAUCGCAGACGAAUCGUUUACAAAUAUUUAUUCCCACUGGCAAUGAAACUAUUUUUAGUGUUAUAGAUUGUAUUUAACGCAUAAUAUACCAUGAAGAAAAUAUUUUUAAUAUGAUUGUAUAUUAAAAGCCCCUAAUACUGUAUAGCAUCUCCAUCAAACUAUGAAUAAGGAAUGCCUUUAACAAUAUUAAUUUAUUGUUGGUUGCCUUAAGAGUGUCAUAUUUUUUUAUAAGUCGAAGCAUUUACAAAGACUUCAUUAAAUAAAAUAUCAAAGUUAUUAUUGGGCUAUUAGAUAUAAAUUUAAUAAACGAUUUGUGGCAUCUAGUCUAGGCCAAGAAACAUGUAAGUAUUAUAUUCAAGCAUAUGCUUUUUAUGUGCUGUCCUUUAAAUUCAAAUCAUUCCAUUUUAUAGUAGGUAAUACAAAAGUAUUGUUUUUAUGUUAUUGAUUAUUUAUUUGUUUAGAUUAAUUAUUUUGUGUGGUUCUAAAGCAUUGUGGCACAUAAGGCUGUUUUCCACUUUUACUUACAGCCUCUUGUGGGUUUAAUAAUUAGGUAAAUAUUAUAGUCUACACCUUAUUCUUGCCUUUCGACUCUGUUUCCUAAUCCAAACAUUUGCAAAAAAAAUUCUUUACCCGUUGCCAACAAAAAGCUGGAUACGAACAAACACAUUCUUGCAUUUAUAGGUUGUAUGGAUAAGAAAAUUCAGAGUAAUAAAUCAUAAUACUUACAUCACGUAACAAUUUAUAAAUAACAUUUAUAAAUUUAUUUAUUUGUUCGGGAACUUUAUAAAUUAAUAAUCAUGAAGUUUUCCCACGUUUUCGAAACAAAUAAUUACUUUUGCUUUUAUUAAAUAUUUUUUUUCUUUUAUAAUUUAAUAAUGUAUAAAUUUGUUAAUAGGUUUAUGUUACAGGGUUACACAUUGUUAUGCGUUACUUUACAUUUAAAGCAUAUUUAAUUGAUACAGUUUUUUUAUUUAUAGUGUUGUUUUUUAGUUGUAUGUUGGAUUUUGGAGAGGUGAUGCAUAAUUUUAGGUAUUACUGCCAGCAAAAAAAUAUAUAGCCUCUACAAUAACAUAUUUGGCAUAUAUAAUAGGAUGGUUCUAUUGAUCAGGCCAUAAAAUAAGAAGAAUCGCACAUUUAAGUGGGUUUUCACGAAAUUUUGAAAACCCAGGUUUUAUCUUCACAAUAAAAUAUCUUUUUCUAUUUGUAAUUUUCACCAUAUUUUGUAAAAAAAAAGCAUUUGUUAAGCGUUGCUCCACGAUGACUUCCAGAAAAAGUAGAAAAUGAGUUGAACUGAAGACUUACGUUCGUAAAAACGUAUUAUUAUUUAGUUUUUUUCCAAAUAAAAUUAUCAGCAAAUGGCUUAUACUUAUCGGUUAGAUUAAAUAUACACUAAACAUGUUUUAUAAUGUUUGAUAUCAAUUUUGUAUACAAUUUAACGUAGUGAUAUAUGCGAUGUACUUGUGGGUUUUAUAGCGGUCCUUCACUGAAAAAAGGAAUUCCGGCAAUAAUAUUGUAAAGAAUUGACCACUUAGUUCAAAUGGUGCAUUUCGAGCCAUUUUCUAUUACCGAUACAAUUAUCUGAAUUGCCGUUGAUACCCCAUGGGGACCGCCUUAAAAUCCUUAUCACAUUGUAAAAGCAAAUCAAUUAUAUUAAAUUUAAUAUACAUGA